AUGAUUAAAGCUAUAAGAGAGACGUUUGGGGCACACAAACAUAUCCCAUGUUUUGCUCACAUGAUAAAUAGAGUUGCUGAAGAGGCCACAAGAAAAACUUCCGGACUGAGUGAUAUAAUAGAGCUUGUUAGGAAUAUAGUAAAAUAUAUAAAAAAGAGACAAACAAUGGCAUUGGAAUUAAAAAGAAAGCAAAUAGAAAAUAAAAUACCCGAUGGAAAAGCUCUUAAAGUGAUACUUGAUGUAAAAACGAGAUGGAAUUCCUUGUACUACAUGCUUGAACGAUUUUUGGAUUUGGCGCCAUAUAUAAGUGACAUAGUUUUUUGUAAAAUAGAUGUACCUUCAAUGUUGACAGCAGUUCAGCUCAACACUAUAAAAGAUGUUGCUUAUGUUAUGCGUUCACCGGAAACUAUGACAAGAGAGGCUUCUGCCGAACGUUACGUCACAAUUUCUAAAAUUGUACCCAUGAUGAGUUGUGCAAUUGACCAAUACAAGGAAUUGGGAGUGACUUCGACUAUUGCUGACGAAUUAAAGAGAAAUAUUACGCUGGAAAUAGAAAAGCGUUUCGCCUAUCUUGAAUACUCGUUCCUUGUAAUAAACAAAAUGUAA